GUUGCAACGUUGCGGCGUAUCUAAACUCCUCCCGGGCUGCCUGCCGGACACGCCGCACACUGGGACCAUAUAUAAGCUCUGCAGCUGUCAGGUGGAGGACACUAGCUGUUCUGCACUGGGGGACGAGUCGCUUUAGGGAAUUACUGCUCUGCUUACCCAUAAAUCCGUACUGUAACAAUGUCUUGGGGAUACGAAGCUGAAAAUGGACCACAAACCUGGGCAAAAUCCUUCUCUAUUGCCGAUGGAGCCCGUCAAUCACCUAUUAACAUCGUACCUGGCCAAGCAACACACGACGCCGGGCUGAAGCCGCUCCACCUGAAGUAUGACCCUGCCACCUGCCUUGAAAUUCUCAACAACGGACAUUCCAUCCAAGUGACCUUCGCAGAUGACACCGAUCGCUCAACAUUGACAGAUGGACCGGUUUCAGGGAAAUUCAGGCUCAAGCAGUUCCAUUUCCACUGGGGAGCUUCUGAUGACAAGGGCUCUGAGCAUACUGUGGCAGGCAUCACAUAUCCUGCUGAGCUUCAUCUGGUGCAUUGGAACACCAAAUAUCAAAGUUUUGGUGAGGCUGUUGACAAGCCCGAUGGGCUUGCUGUUGUCGGAGUUUUCCUGAAGAUUGGUGGUAAAAAUCCUAAACUCCAGAAGAUUCUUGAUGCAUUUGAUGCCAUCAAGUCCAAAGGCAAGCAGACCUCUUUUGCAAAUUUCGAUCCUUCUACUUUGCUCCCUGACUGUCUAGACUACUGGACUUAUGAGGGCUCACUGACCACACCACCUCUGUAUGAGAGCGUUACCUGGAUUGUCUGCAAAGACCCAAUCAGCGUCAGCUCUGAGCAGAUGGCCAAGUUCCGUUCUCUGCUCUUCUCCGCGGAGGGCGAGGCCAAGUGCUGCAUGGUGGACAACUACCGCCCACCCCAGCCGCUCAAGGGCCGCUCUGUCCGUGCUUCCUUCAAGUAGUAACCUCUCCCCUCUCGCAACCCUUUCUGCCCUCUUGCCCUUUCCUGUUUUCCCUUCACCCUCUCCUUUAGCCUCACAUGCAGAAGUACCUCUCUUGGAGUAAGCCACAAAGCACACAUAUAUCUCCAGUUUCAGAAGAAUAUAAAAUUUCUUUAUCCCAUUGUUCAGCAAUUUAACUAGGACAUGGAGCUCUCGAAGGAUUUGUAUCUCUGUUUCUAUGUGCGUAACAAGUUAGCAUAAUUGAUUUUAAAGGACAAACACUUCAUGGUGGCUGCAACAUUUUUGCAACGCUUCUGCAUUUGGUGUUGCUUUUUUUUUGUUUGUUUUUUUUAUAGGCAUUACGCAAGUGUGUGCAGGUCUCCUUUUUUAUGUCACCCACAGAAAACUGCCAGGGUGGAAAAUAGGGAUGAAUUGCCAUCAAAAUGGUGCUCUUAUAGCAAGAAGCAGAAAGGACAAGCCAGCAGGCAGGGGGAGGAAAUGUGAGGAGUGUAAGGUGUACAUAAAGGACACGCACCCCCCGAAACACAGGACAGUGCUGCUGCCAGUCCGUCUGUAAUCUCUGACAGACUGGCAGCCUCUGCAUCACGGCGGCUUACUGAGAUGAUGCUGCUGCCUCCAUCUCAUCCUGUUGACUCAGAAAAAUCCCCCUCUGCCACAAAUACACACACAUCGCACACGCAGUCGCAUGCAGACAUGAUGCUUAUAGCACUGACCUGUUUAUUGAUCUGAACUGGGGAACAGGAUGCAGGAACAAAGGGCACGACCAGAGACUGAUGCAUAGGCUGGCAGUGGUUUAUUUCUCUGUUUUUACAUCCAGCUCUUCAAGUCUUAUAUAUGUACGUCAUCAGAGAUGUGUUUGUUUUUUUAACCCUGAAAGCUUAUGCAAAAUGAGUCAUAACUGAUUCCUAAAUUUAUGCUUUCUAACCAAAAGCUCUUUUCCCUCUUGAUGCCCUGAUAAUAUAGCAAUAGAGAAGAAUAGAGCUCCUUUUUAAAAUGAAAUGUAAUGUGAAAAAAAAAUCCCCUUGAGUGUGUAUUAGUUUUUGUUUUUGUUCACAGUGUAGAGUGCUAAUGCUUAAAACGCACAGUUAUUCGUCUUAUGGGCGAUGUUACAGUGGAUAACGCACAAUGCCAAGGAAGAAAUUAUCCUCAAGCCAAUGAAGAGAAGAACCUGCCAAGAGACAAGACUAUAGUGUCGGCCUGGGGUCAAGCCCUGCUUAGGAGAAUAACUAGCAAAAAAACUAGUUGUUCUCAAAAGAUUGGUUUAGCCAAGUAUGCAUUUCUGACGCACUGAAAAUAUUUGACUAAGCAAAAGAAGCCAGAAAGGUUGUAAUUAAUUUAAGGAAAAUAAGCCUUAUGCCAAUAACUUGUUGAGCCAUCCCAGGAGUUUGUGCUAUUGUUAUUCUAUUUUGGAGGUGGACAUUUUAAGAGUGAAAUAAAUAUAUAUAUUUAAAACUUA